AUGACUGCCUACUGUGUCAUGGGAGAAGAGCCCGCCCUGACUUAUGUCGACAUUGUUGCAAAUACAAGGGUUCACUCAGCCACCGGCCCAGGCGAGGGCUUCGUCGACAAACACUUCCAAAAGGGGAGAAUUGAGUUCAACCGGUGUUUGGUGGCUAUGAAACUGACGGACACCAGAUUCACCUCUAGGUCGGGGACGGACAUGAGUUUGGAUGACGGUGUCGAGACAGCUAUUGGCAAAGGAGGAACUUGCAGCACUAUCGCAGAUAAUAACGGAAGAUCCCAGAUCGAUCUCGAGGAUACCCGAUUCCAAAUUCCAAGCUGGGUCAGCUUCGAGUAUCGGGGUCAAAACCCGUCGCAGCUGCAAAAUGUGAGAAGUAAACAGAUACUAGACAUCUCUGGGUAAGUAACAACUUAAUACUUUGGUCUUG